GUUUAGUAUUUAAAGACUCGUUUUACAAUAGUAAUGCUCAUUCGCAAAACGUAUUUCAAACAUACUGAUGUAGUUCCUUUGAAUCUGUAUUAUAUUCUUAUCAUAACAAAAGUUAUUUGAAUUUAUACGUUCAUAUAUUUAUAUUCUAAAAUGAAAUCUGCAAAAUUGGUGAAAAGUGCUAUUGUGGUGACUAUUCUCUGCCUCAUUGGAAUUUCGUUGGCGUUUACAUGGGUUCAAGGAGUGAAUGCGAAAAAACCACACAUCAUUUUUAUAAUGGCUGAUGAUCUUGGGUGGAAUGAUGUGAGUUUCCAUGGAGCAGAUCAGAUUCCAACUCCAAAUAUAGAUGCUCUUGCUUACAAUGGUGUAAUUUUAAAUAGGUAUUAUGCUCAACCAACUUGUACACCAUCAAGAACAGCUUUUCUUACUGGGCGUUAUCCCAUCAGAACAGGAAUGCAGGGUUUUCCACUGCAGGCUCCAGAACCUCGAGGAAUACCCUUAAAUGAAACAUUGUUACCAAGUCACUUGAAAAAAUUAGGAUACGUUACACGCCUUAUCGGAAAAUGGCAUACAGGUUAUUAUACUGAAGGACAUACCCCUGCAAAUCGAGGAUUUGAUUCAUUUUUUGGAUAUUAUAAUGGCAUGAUUGAUUAUUUUAAUCACACCUAUAAUGAAAUUGCAAUUGACAAAACUGGAUACGAUUUACAUCGAGAUUUUCCGAAUUCAUUGAAUGUAGAUUACCAUGCUUCUGAAUAUUUCACGGAUAUUGUAUCAAAUCAGGCUGAAGAAAUAAUUAGGAAACACGAUCCUGAAACUCCUUUAUUCCUUGAAAUUGCUCACCUUGCGCCACAUUCAGGUGGUUUAAUAGAUCCACUUCAAGUUAGAGAUUUGAAGGAAGUCAAUAAAACUUUAGGAUACAUUAAAGAUUUCAAUCGAAGAAAAUUUGCAGGAAUGAUGACAGCUCUCGAUGAAUCAGUAGGUCGUACAGUAGCUGCUUUAAAAAAGGCAAAAAUGCUAGAAAACUCGAUUAUCAUUUUUGCCUCUGAUAAUGGUGCCCAAACUGAAGGACUUUUGGAAAAUAUUGGCUCAAAUUAUCCUUUGAGAGGGCUCAAGUUCAGUGUAUACGAAGGAGGUACAAGAGUAGUUUCCUGUGUGUAUUCUCCGCUAAUAAGAAAACCUUCGCGAGUAUCAAAUAUUCUAAUGCAUGUAACUGACUGGUUACCAACAUUGUAUACUGCUGCUGGGGGCAAUGUUAACGAUCUUGGAGAAAUAGACGGUGUGGAUCAGUGGUCUAGAAUUCAAAGUAACAAGGAAAGUAACAGAAAAUUUGUACUUCUGAAUAUUGACGAGAAGGAAAAAACUGAAGCUGCUAUUUAUGGUAACUUCAAAAUCGUUAAAGGAGCUCCAGAACUUUAUGGCAACUAUUAUGGGGAUUCGGGAAAUAGCGAAUCCUAUCCAAAAUACAAUACCACAACUGUUCUCAAUUCGUUAACAAAUUUGGCCAUCAAUGAAAAUUUGUUCUCCCAACUUUCAUCAAGAACUUUGAUAAAACUUCGAACGUUAAGUGAAGUUCGCUGCAAGAAAUUUACUCAAUUUUCCAAUUGUUCUGAAUUAUGUUUGUUUAAUACUUACAUCGAUCCUUGUGAAACUGUGGAUCUAUCAUCAAAGUAUCCAAAUAUGGUAAAAUUCUUGCAGAAUAAACUGGACGAUUAUAGAAAAGUUUUAGUAAAUCAAACAAAUGCUAAACUAGAUCCUGCAGGAUAUCCAGAAAAUUUUAAUGGUACCUGGAUGCCCUGGAGAUCAGACGCAAAAAUGUAGGACUAAGGUUUUUAAUUUUCAAAAUAUACAUUUUAAAAUGUUUCAAUCCUUAAAUUCAAAAUGUUCACUCUGAAUGGCUAAAUUAAUUAAUUUCAUUAAUUAAAAUUAACGGCUAAUUGUGGUAGAUUCACUGGAAUUGCUCAUUACUUCCUACAAUAUACUUCAGCACUAAUUUGCAAAUUGUCACAGAAGUGUGAUCUGUCACAACUCCAAAUUAUUCAGAUCAGAGUCUUUUAUAAAAUGCGAGUAUGUGACUGGUCACAGAAGAGUGAUUAGUGACAUCUCCACCCCUCUUCUUUAGACCGCCCUUCAAAAAAUACGUUUCAGUAACUAAUCACAGAAGUGUAAAAGGUUACAGAAGAGUGAUUAGUCAUAUUUCGAACCCCUUUUUAAGAUCUCUCUUAAAAAAAUAUCUAUCAUUGACUCGUCACAGAAAAGUUAUACGUCAUAUUGCAAACCCAUUUUCCAGUUUACCCUUUAAAAAUAUUUUUUCCAAUACCUGCUGACAAAAGAGUGAAUGGUUUCAGAAGAGUGAUUGGUCAUAUUGCGGACCCCGCUCCCAGGUCUCCCUUCGAAAAAUAUGUAUUAGAGACUGGUCACAGAAGAGUGAUGGGUCAUAUCUCGAUUCCCUUUUCCAGGUCUCCCUUUACAAAAUACGAUUUAGUGACUAGCCACAGAAGGGUGUUUGGUCACAUCUUGUGUCACCCUUUAAAAAAUACGUGUCAGUGACUAUUCGCAAAAUAGGUCUGAGGUGUAUCAUAAGCAAUUCUUAGUAUGUUUGUAGUGUUCUGCGUUCCUAAUUAUAUGCAAGCUUGUGUGUAUUUACAACAUAAUCUUCCUUGUUUCAUGAUACAAUUGUGAACUACUGUCUUAUUGUGAUGAAAUUCUAAAAAAUGUUGGUUUCCCUUGUAUAAUACAAAAUAUUGUGGGUGAAUACCAGUGCAUACAGAUAUUUUGAAAUAUUGCGAAAACAGUAGAACCUAAUUACGGAAUGUUGCAAAAUCUACGUCAAAUUAAUAUCCUAAGGAUUCGGCGCAUACAGCAUCAUGUAACAAUCACUUUUUAUUGCAUAAAUUAAAAUUUUAGAAGUUAAUUGUCAAAGUACUUCAAUUAGAAAUCUGCUGGAAUUUUUCAGUAUUUUAGCUACUGUUAUAAAUUGCUAUUAAUCUAUAAUGUGUAUUCAUAAGUUCAAAAAUUAAUUGGGGUGGCCAGAGUUAUGAAAAGAAGGAGUAGUUAUACCAAUAGUAAAGAAAGGCAAGGGA